AUGCCGAGCGACGACGAAGCUCAAAACAACAUUAUUUUGAACUCUAACCCCAUUGUACUGAACAUUCCUUUCCCCAGAGCACUGGAUUUGAAAGGAGAUUUGGCCUAUAAUUGGAAACACUUCAAGACAGUGUGGAAAAAUUAUGAAAUAGCCACUGGACUGCACGAGAAGGAUGAUAAGUUGCGUUGCGCCACUUUCCUAACGUGUAUGGGAUCAGAUGCACUGCGUGUGUUUGACGGGUUAAAGUUUCAAAAUGCUGGUGAUAAGGAGAAAAUUGAUGAAGUAAUCAAAGCUAUGGAAGAGUUUUGUGUAGGACAGACCAAUGAAAUAUUUGAACGUUACACUUUUAACAAGCGAGACCAAGAACCAAAUGAGACUAUUGAUGCUUACAUAGCCGUGUUGAGAACUUUAGCCAAAACAUGCAAGUAUGAAGCGCUUGAGGAUGAAAUGAUACGUGACCGGAUUGUGUUAGGCAUUCGCGAGAACAACACAAGGAAGAAGCUCUUACAAGAAAAGAAGUUAGACUUACCGAGAUGCAUAGACAUUUGCAGAGCCAAUGAGAAAACAGCAUCACAAUUAAGAAACAUUGAGGAUGUACAAGUUGUGAAAGGCAGGUCACAGAAAGGGAAACUUCCAAGUAAGAAUGAAAAGAGACAUAAGGCACUUGAAGGAGCAUCAGGAAAAUAUGAGACUGAUCAAUUUCUGUCGUGCAAGUAUUGCGGAAAUAAACAUGCACCAAGGAAGGAGAAAUGUCCAGCGUAUGGAGCUAUGUGCAAGAACUGUGGAAAAUCUAACCAUUUUGCCAAAAUGUGUAAAGCCACGAAAGUUCGGAGUCGACAAAAGCAUGUCCAUGAAGUGCGCGCAAGCCAAGCUUUUGACUCAGAUGACUCAUCAGAAGAAGAAUUUGUUCUGACAGUAGGGCACGUGAAUGAAAUAGGAUCUCGGAAAAUAACAGCAGUGAUGAACAUAAAUAAAAAACUUGUUGAAUUUCAACUCGACAAUGGAUCAACUGUUAAUAUCCUACCACAUCACAUUUACACCAAACUUUGUGAUGACCCAGAUGGAAACAAAUUGAAAAAAUCCAAUGUGACACUUAUUAUGUUCAACAAAAGUGAAACAAAGACUCUAGGAAAAGUGCGUUUGAGUGUAAGAAAUCCGAGAAAUCAGAAAAAGUACAACUUGGAAUUUGAGAUUGUUGAGGGCAAACAGCUUCAUGCAAUUCUAGGGAUCAAAGCUAUCCAAGCAAUGGACCUCAUCACAGUAAACCAUAAGGAGUUCCUUUCCAAACAAGAGGUGCGGGAAGAAGUAGUAGCAGAAAUUGUAGACAUUCAACAGGAGAUGGAGACCAAAUUCAAAUCAGUGUUUGAAGGACAAGGCAAACUAGAUGGAAAACUGACAUUGGAAGUAGACCAAAAUGUGAAACCGGUGAAAAUGCCAGCAAGAAAAGUGCCAAUCGCUAUCAAAGACAAACUGAAACAAGAACUAGAUAGACUAGAACAGUUACAGAUCAUCAAACCUGUGAAUACUCCUACUGAUUGGAUCUCAAGUCUAGUUGUAGCACCUAAAUCAAAUGGACGGAUUCGGUUGUGUAUUGAUCCAAGACCACUGAAUCAGGCUCUUAAACGAAACCAUUACCCUACUCCGCUAAUUGAGGACAUACUUCCAGAUUUAGGCAAGGCACGCAUUUUCUCUGUAGUUGACGCACGAGACGGAUUCUGGCAUGUUGUUAUGGAUGAACAGAGCAGCUAUCUUACCACAUUUUCAACACCGUGGGGAAGAUACAGAUGGUUGAGAAUGCCAUUCGGGAUAUCACCUGCUCCCGAGGAGUUCCAGAGACGCAUGGAAGAGGCGUUAGAAGGACUUGACGGCAUCAAACCUAUUCAUGAUGACAUCUUGAUCUAUGGAUGUGGAGACAAUGACAAGGAGGCUCAUGAAGACCAUGACCGCAAGAUGGAAGCCUUGCUACAGAGAUGUUUAGAGAGAAACAUUAAACUGAACAAGGAGAAAAUGAAACUGAAAGUAGACUCUGUCACUUACUUAGGAUUUGUCAUUUCUAAAAAUGGCCUGUGCAUAGAUCCCCAGAAAGUUAAAGCAAUACGAGAGAUGCCAACUCCCCAGGACAGACAGGGAGUGCAGAGACUUCUAGGGAUGACAAACUUCGUUCAACGAUUUGCGCCACAGCUGUCUGAAAUUACGGCACCUUUAAGAAGCCUUCUUAAAUCUGACACACAUUUCAGAUGGGAUGAAGAUAUCCAUGGUAAAGCAUUCAAGGAUGUGAAAACUGUUUUGUCGAACACUCCAGUGUUGAGAUUCUUUGAUGAACACAAGGAGCUAGUUUUACAGUGUGAUGCAUCCGAAUCGGGCCUUGGAGCUUGCCUACUUCAAGAGGGACACCCAAUAAUGUAUGCUUCAAGAUCACUAACAGAGACUGAAUGCAAUUACGCUCAGAUUGAAAAGGAGCUACUCGCGGUUGUCUUCGGAAUGGAAAGAUUUGAGAAUUAUACUUAUGGUAGACACGUUCUUGUAGAAUCUGAUCAUAAGCCACUUGAGAUAAUACACAAGAAGAAUCUACACAGUGCACCAAAGAGACUACAAAGAAUGUUGCUGAGACUUCAAAAAUUUGACUAUGAAGUACUCUACAAAAGAGGUACUGAAAUGUACUUUGCUGAUACUUUAUCCAGAGCAUAUCUUAAAGCUCAGCCAGAGGACCUUGAAGAAAAGGACCCUGUGGAAGUACACAAUGUAGAUUAUAAGGAGUAUCUACCAGUGUCGGAGCAGCGCAUUGCAGAAAUCAGAAAGGCAACAGAAAGAGAUGAAACUAUGGAUAUGCUGAAAGGAGUGAUUAAGUCUGGAUGGCCUGAGACGAGAGCAGAAGUUCAUACAGAAAUUCAGACUUAUUUUCCAUUUCGUGAGGAACUUGUUGUUCAAAAUGGACUCAUUUAUAAAGGCGAACGGAUUGUAGUUCCUGUAGAAAUACGCAGUCACCUUCUUGAGAGGAUCCACAAUUCUCACAUAGGAAUUCAAGGAUGCUUACGAAGAGCAAAAGAAAGCCUUUACUGGCCAAAUAUGGCUAAAGACAUUGAACUGUUCAUAAGUAAAUGUGAAGCUUGCAACAUGUAUGCAAAUGACCAAGUGAAGGAACCAAUGAUUAGUCACAGAAUUCCAACUCGACCUUGGCAAGUCAUUGCGUGUGACUUAUUCGAGUGCCAAAACAAAGACUACUUGAUUACAGUAGACUACUACUCUGACUACUUUGAGGUUGACCGUCUACACAGUAAAACUGGUAGCACCAUAAUCAGCAAACUGAAAGCUCACCUUGCAAGACAUGGGAUACCAGACACUCUAGUCUCAGACAAUGGACCACCAUUUAAUGGUCAGGAAUUUGCUGAAUUCUCGAGAACAUAUGAAUUCAACCACGUAACGUCUUCACCGAAUUAUGCGCAAUCCAACGGUAAAGCCGAGAAUGCUGUGAAGAUCAUAAAACGCCUGAUAAACAAAAGUGUUGCUGAUCAGAAGGAUCCAUACCUAGCAUUAUUAGACCUUAGAAACACACCUAGCCAGGAUAUUGGAUAUUCUGCUGUACAGAGGAUCUUUGGGAGGAGAACAAAGACUUUAUUACCUGUCUCCGAAAACAUGCUCAAACCCCGGUAUGCUGAUAAAGUCAAGGAACAGCUUCGCUAUAGAAAGGGAAGAGAAACGCAUUAUUACAACAAAGGAGCCAAAGAAAUGUCACCGUUACAUGAAGGAGAUGUAGUUCGCGUACGACCAAAAGGAAAUGAGAAAUCUUGGAAAAAAGCUAUUGUACAAGGACAAGUAGACAUUCGUUCGUAUAACAUCAGGACAGAAGAUGGACGAGAAUACCGCCGAAACAGACGACAUUUGAGGACAAGCAAAGAAACGUAUACUAGAGAGUUAUCUCCUAUGCCAAGAUCAGAGAUUAACUCAGAGCCUUAUCCAAACACUAUGAACACUGGCUCGUCACACAUGAAGGAACCUGAGAAACCAAGAACAGCUGACCCCGAUCCUUUACUGAAGUCUCCUGUGAAGCCCAUUCGACCUGUUCAUGGACCGAAUACAACUCGUGACAAACCCAAGCUAAUUCAAGCUGAUCCAUCCGUUGUUACAACCAGGAGUGGUAGAGUUGUGAAAACACCAAAACGAUUCUUAGAAUGA